GAUGGUGGCCGGUCUGGCAGCGGAGCGCGCAGAGCCUGGAGAUUACCCGUCUCUCACAUAAAGGUCGUCGGAGGAGCCGCCCGGACCCCUUCCCCGCUGCUACAGAAGCCGAGCGAGCGAGCGAGCGGGAGGAAGGGAGCGCGAGAGGGUAUCGCCGCCCCCGCCGCCAGACAGCCGGUCGCCGUGGAGCAGGGACGACGAGGCGGCGGAUCUUCAAGUAUCUUCAUUUUAGUUUUCUGUGCUAUUCCUCCCUUAAGUUAUUAUAUACUUCUUUGCUGCUGUGCGAAAACAGAGAUGUCUCGCAGCCCAGAUGCGAAGGAAGACCCUGUGGAAUGCCCCCUAUGUAUGGAGCCUCUUGAAAUUGAUGACAUAAACUUCUUUCCUUGCACCUGUGGUUACCAGAUCUGUCGCUUCUGUUGGCAUCGUAUUCGCACUGAUGAGAAUGGGCUUUGCCCUGCUUGCAGAAAGCCAUAUCCAGAAGAUCCAGCAGUGUAUAAACCACUCUCCCAAGAAGAGCUGCAAAGGAUAAAAAAUGAAAAGAAACAGAAGCAAAAUGAAAGAAAACAGAAGAUAUCAGAGAAUCGUAAACAUCUGGCCAGUGUACGGGUUGUACAGAAGAAUCUUGUAUUCGUAGUAGGGUUAUCCCAACGCCUAGCAGAUCCAGAGGUUUUGAAAAGGCCAGAAUAUUUUGGGAAAUUUGGUAAAAUACACAAGGUUGUAAUCAACAACAGCACAUCAUAUGCAGGCUCACAGGGUCCAAGUGCAAGUGCAUAUGUAACUUACAUCCGGUCAGAAGAUGCACUCAGAGCCAUACAGUGUGUCAAUAAUGUGGUAGUAGAUGGAAGAACACUUAAGGCGUCUUUAGGUACCACAAAAUAUUGCAGUUACUUUUUGAAGAAUAUGCAGUGUCCUAAACCAGACUGUAUGUAUCUACAUGAAUUAGGGGAUGAAGCAGCCAGUUUUACAAAAGAAGAGAUGCAGGCUGGUAAGCAUCAAGAAUAUGAACAGAAGUUACUCCAGGAAUUAUACAAGUUAAACCCCAACUUCCUCCAGCUGUCUUCAAAUGCAGUUGACAAGAACAAGAACAAAGUGACUUCACUACAGAGGUAUGAUGUACCCAACAGUAAUAACAAAGAUGCCUGGCCAUCAUUACAGAGUUCAAGUAAAUCAGUCAACGGCUUAACUAUGGAACACAGGAAAACGCCUCCUAUUUUAGAAAAUGGCACAGACUCAGAACACAUGACUCCAGAUGGUCCAGAUUCAGAUUUCGGCACUAUCGACAAACCUUCAGAUUCUCUCAGUAUAGGAAACUGUGAUAACUCGCAGCAGAUAUCAAAUAGUGACACACCUUCACCACCACCCGGCUUAUCAAAAUCCAAUUCAGUCAUCCCCAUCAGUUCAUCCAAUCACAGUGCACGGUCUCCCUUUGAAGGGGCUAUAACAGAGUCACAGUCUCUCUUCUCGGACAACUUCCGGCACCCCAACCCUAUUCCAAGUGGACUCCCUCCAUUUCCCAGCUCCCCACAGACUUCAAAUGACUGGCCGAUGGCACCAGAGCCACAGAGCCUCUUCACAUCAGAAACCAUCCCAGUAUCCUCGUCUACAGACUGGCAAGCGGCGUUUGGAUUUGGUUCUUCCAAACAGCAAGAAGAUGACUUGGGGUUUGAUCCCUUUGAUAUCACCCGCAAAGCCUUAGCAGACCUGAUCGAGAAGGAACUGUCGGUCCAAGACCAACCCUCCCUCUCGCCCACGUCUCUCCAGAACCCUUCCCCACACACUACAACCGCCAAAGGGUCAGGCUCUGGAUUUCUGCAUCCUGCUGCGCCCGCAAAUGCCAACUCUCUCAAUAGCACAUUUUCAGUCUUGCCACAGAGGUUCCCGCAAUUUCAACAGCAUCGAGCAGUUUACAACUCCUUCAGUUUUCCAGGCCAAGCCGCUCGCUAUCCUUGGAUGGCCUUCCCACGCAAUAACAUCAUGCACUUGAACCACACAGCAAAUCCCCCUUCAAAUAGUAAUUUCUUGGACUUAAACCUCCCACCACAACACAGCACAGGUCUAGGAGGGAUCCCUAUAGCAGACAACAACAGUUCUGUAGAGAGUUUAAAUAUGAAGGAAUGGCAGGACGGGCUAAGGGCACUUCUACCGAACAUUAACAUCAACUUUGGUGGACUGCCCAAUGCUACUUCCCCCUCCAACGCCAACCACAGUGUAUCAACAUCCAACACUGCCACCACCGACAGCCUGAAUUGGGACAGCCCUGGCAGCUGGAUGGACCCCGCAAUCAUCACAGGUAUCCCAGCCUCCGCUGGAAACAGUUUAGACACCCUUCAAGAUGACAAUCCACCACACUGGCUAAAAUCUCUUCAGGCUCUCACAGAGAUGGAUGGCCCCAGUGCUGCCCCGACACAGACCCCCCACAGUAACCCCUUCAGCACACAGAUUCCUCUGCACAGAGCCAGUUGGAAUCCUUACUCCCCACCUUCAAACCCCGCCAGUUUUCACUCUCCUCCCCCAGGCUUCCAGACAGCUUUCAGACCCCCCAGUAAAACCCCCACAGAUCUACUACAGAGCUCAGCGCUGGAUCGUCAUUAGGAAAAGUUCAAAAACAUUAGAAAUGCAGGAAUUGCCCCACCCAGACUUCCUACACCCACCCAUGGUCCCUCCUCCACAUCUUUCUUUCUGAAGAAUCCAGUUCCUGAUCAAAACUCUUCCCCACCAGCCUCCAAAUGCAAUGCAAUCACAGGGUCAUAACCAUAUCUCUUUUUUUAAUUUUAUUUUAAGAUUCUGCUAAGCCAGUGUUUGAAAUACACUGAUGAAUUUUCUUUAAACACACAAAGAAAAAAGAGAGAGAGAAAUCAAAAAGUGCAUAAAAAGGAAAAUAUUAUUUUCAUAAAUCUUUUGCACGGAAUUACUUUAGCCUAGCAGAAAAUGUCAAGUAGGGGGAAAUAAUAUAAAAUUCAGAAUCAAAUGCAGCGAUGUAAAAGCAGUUUAAUUUAAAUGAGAGAUUCAAGGUAUAGGGGGAAAAACCAGUGGCCUGGCAUUUAUUUUGCAUUCUGUGUGUCAGUAUGCAGGGAGAUAGCCCCCCACCCCCUGUUUGGGAGGGUGGGACAGUAUUGUCAGUAAGAUUUGUCAUGAAGUGGGUUGAAGGACAGUUUGCCUGUUGAAAUAAACUGACAUGUUGCCUUGUUCCUAAGAAGUGGUUUAACAGAGGGAUAUUUUAAAAUUUUGGCUUUAGAUUUCAAGUAAACGUAAUGUUUUAAAAAUAUUCACAGAUUUAAUACCUAGCAUAUACAUGAUAUAAUUAUAAGCAGCUGAAACACGAGUGAUAUUUACUUCAGUCUUUCUGUCUCCUUGUCAGUCUCUCUUUCUUUUUUUUUUCUUUUCUUUUUUUAAAAAAAUCACCUGAUUAAGGCACUCUGGGAUAGCACUGCAUUGGGGCCACAUGAUCACCAUCAGGAGCGCAACCUUUGACGACCUCUGCCUGCAGCUUUUACUUAACCUUGUAGUUUCUGGACGUUUGUGCAGUAUUGAAAGACAGGAAAAGAGAAACAGAUAAAAUUAAACAUGGUUAUAACCUGACUCUAAAACUAAAAACAAGGAAAUGUACCUCUUUCUUCAGAAUUAAAACUAAAAUCUUAAAUAAAACAGAAAACUUGAUGACA